AUGGUCUCCAUGGCCCGUAAGGAUUCAUCUGAUCGAAGUAUGGAGCCUCUCCUUCAAGUAUUAUGGGAUACAGCCGUCGAUUUACACGAAAAACUUUUGAUAACCGACGAAGAAUUAUUAAUGUAUAAUGUUCCAAUGUAUUGUCGUACAUUAGAUGAACAAUGUGCACCAAAUUUGUUGGACGACAAUCAGUUCGAACUGAUUCAGAAGGAUCUAGUGGAAAAAAUUGAUAGUCCGUUUUAUACGCAAUAUAAAAAAGGACAUAUAUCAUUAGAUGAAUUUUCAAAGAAAUAUACACACUAUAUGAUGACAUGUACUGGAUCAGUAUUUCGGAAUUGUUUAAAUAGAAACCGCUCCAUGGAUAGUACUGAACAAUUGAUGGAACAGUUUUUCAUUGAACAUGAACGUCGAGUCAAAUUAAACCCAGAAAACUAUGCUCUUAAUCCUUGUAGAUCCUUUAUUAUAUUAAGAAAGUUGGGUUCGAAGAAGCGAACAAAACACGUUACAAGGGAAAGCAGUUGUAAAUUAUGUUAG